UUUUUUUUUUUUUGUUCCUUUUUCCCUUUUUUUUUCUUGCUUUUUUUUUUAUUUUUUAUAUUUCUCUUUUUUUUUAAAUAACCAAUAAAAUAAUCAAUGGAUUCACCUCCUCCUUAUUCGGAAAUCGAUCACAGAAAUUCGCCUUCAGGAUCAACAUCACAACAACCAACACCACGUCUUGGCAGUUUUCAGUCAAGUUCUGCAGAUAUUGUUUCUCGAAAUAACAUGAGGACAGGGGAUAUUAAGGUACAACAGACGCUUUCUCCGCACUUUCGGCAACCUGCUACUUUUCAUAGUGUUCCAGCACCACCUGCCACAGCACCACUACCACCACUCCCUUCGUCUUCAUUCACCCAUCCACCACAAUCAGAGAGAUCAAGCAUUAAUGAAUGUAGAGCAAGGCCACGUCGGUGCUCGUCCUCAUAUUCAAGCACAAGUUCAAGCACAGAUCUUAGUGAAGGCAAUCAAAAGUCUCAUCGACGGAAAAAAUCACCUAGUUUCGACAAACGGAAAAGUACUGUGGAAGUGAAGGAAAACAACAAGAAACUGAAUUGGAAUCAGGACGAAUGGGUAGGCAAAUUGUUUUCUCUCAAAACCACCAAUGCAAUGAUCGAUGUCCAAGGAAGUCUGGAUGCCAAAUCCAUCAGUUUGAAUACCACCAAUGCGAUGAUCACUUGGCGAGGAAAAGGAAUACAAUGCAAGGAAAUGGAUUUACGAACAACGAAUGCCAAAAUCGAUCUGACGGGUGGAGAUAUCGAUGUACGACGUGAAUGCAAGAUCAAAACAUCCAAUGCACGCUUGAUCAUGAAUGACAGCAAGUUGAUGACAAAAGAAUUAUCCUUGGUGACAAGCAAUGCGGAAAUUCGUAUGAAUAAUCUCUUGAUUCGAAAAUCUAUCACAGCAAAGACAAGCAAUGCUCCUGUCAUCCUUUAUAUUAGGCAACAUCCUUUGGCUAAACCUGAUGCUAAGAUCCAUGUGGAAGUCUCUACUAGCAAUGCACCCGUCACUAUUCAUAUGCCAUCUAAUUUUGCUGGAGAUUUCAAAUUGACAACCUCAUCAACAAACGCAGUGGUGAUGGAUGAUCCUCAACAACAAAUAGUAUAUAACGACGUGAAAAAGAGUGCAGCAAGAGAAGGAUAUCGAUACAAGAAAAGUCGUGGUUCUCUUAAGGUUUCGACCUCUCUCAAUGAUAUAACAAUUGCCUUUGAUAUGUAGUUACCCUUAUU